GAUUUCCCCCGCCAGAGAACCCGACCUCGCCCCGUUCCUUCCUCCACCACGGGUACAGACACCGAAAGCUUAAUCCCAUCUGCCGCGCCAUCAUCGAGUUGCCCAGUCUUCUCGAACACCCCACGAAUCCGAUGCCAGAACAUGCCGAGGCCGUCGAAUUCGUCCGCAAACCCGGACAGCUCCUCAACCACGACGCCGUCGCCGUUUCAUCGCCUGCCCGUCAAUCCUCGCAGGAAGAAGGUCGCCCCCGAUGAGCGGAAGCGUGUGGCCACCGCCUGCAAUAGCUGUAAUGUGCGCCGCAUCAAGUGCAGCGGCGAGCGGCCAUGCCGUCAGUGCACCACCGCUCAGCGCGAUUGCCUGUACCCGGAGCCCGUUGAGAGGGUGACCAUCCCCCGGGCCGAGCUGGAAUCACUGCGGCGCCGGUGCGCGUCGCUUGAGCGUCAGCUGGCCGCGACGGAGCAGAGCGGACGCCUGCUGGAUGCCGGCCAGCAGCUCGCCUCCCCCGUGGCAUCCUCCCGCGCCGAAGCGGCCGACUCGCUGUCUCCCAAUGGAGAGGUACAGCACUCCAUCCGACCCGGCGGGAUCGACGGGAGGAUGCUUGCUGAUCCAGCGGGCACUACCCGUUAUCUCGGCGAGACUUCCGGAGCAACCUUCCUUGACACUCUCAAGGAGUUGAUCGCCACAGCCACCCCUCUGGCCCAAGUGCUCGACGGCGAGUCGGGAGAGGGCUCGGCCGGCUCCGCCUUUCUCGGCUCCGUUGGCCAGUACCAGACGCAUGAUUCCAAGCCAAUGAUGAUGCCCGUCAAUGUUGACCCUCUCGCUCUGCCUUCAGAGGCCGACAUUACUGCCGCCCUGUCGCAAGUCCGCUACUUCAUACAGGACGGAAAUGGCGCCUUUGCGAGCGGCGGCACAAUGUUCUGGCCUUUUGAGGACGUGCAACACAUCCUCUCGCUCGCGUCCCUCCCCUCGAUGCAGAGUCCCGGCGGCGUGACACGUCCCGGCCCCCACCAUCGCCCACUUGCCCUGUAUCACACCGCCUUUGCUUUCGCCCACUUGCUGAACUUGAGAGAGCCCGGGUCAGCCGUCGAUGGCCAGCUAGGCGAGGAGUAUUUUGCAAGGGCCCGGUCUCUUCUCGGCAACCUGCUGGACCGCACCACGUACACCAUCCACGACAUCGCCGUGCUGGCCCUCAUGACCCUGUACCUGGUCGAGAAUAACCGCCGAGACGCAGCUUACAUGGCCAUUAGCAAUGCCAUGACAGUCAGCGUUAUGCAUGGCCUCCACAAGGGGGGUUCCGGCAACGAGAUUGGCGUGAGGACCUUCUGGACCGUCUACGUCCUGGAUAGGUGGCUUGGCUGUGUCAUGGGCCGACCGCCCUCAACCCCGGAUGACGCCAUCACACUUCCCCUUCCUCGGGAGUGCCCCAGCUACCGGGAGGCUGGAUUGCCCGAUCUCCUGACAAAGGCCACCGUUCGCGUCGGAAAGGCGCUGGAGAUGCUUUCGCGGUGGCGGGAGAACCUCCCGCCCUCGCUCCAGCUCCCUGCGGACCCGUUGACGCUUAUCCCGGUCGAUCUGUUCACACAAGCUGCUUCAUUUGGACAGGGUCCGGCCGCUCUACUGAGCGGCGCAGCCAGCUUUGGACACGAUCGGGCCUGCUGGGCGUUGCACAUGAGCUACAACCAGCUCGUCAUCCUUGCCGUCCGGCCGGCAAUGCUUAUGGCGGUCUGGAAGGCUAUUGCCAGCAUCGUCUGCAUCGAUCAUCCCUUCGAUAUCGAGGUUAUGCAGUCGCAGAUCGAGCCCAUCCGCGCCUGCAGCGAUGCCGCCCGGCGCAACCUCCGACUAGGCCGGUUGAUGCGCCUCCACAGCCCGCAGCAGAAGUUGCUCCUAUCAGAUCUGCACAACAUCUUCAACGCGGCCAUCGUUCUCACAAUGCACCAGAUGGUGUUUGUGAACCUCCGAACUCAGGACAUAGACGAUGUCGGGUGGGCCGUUGAGGUGUUCGAGACGGAAGCCAAGACGGGCAACGAGUACGCCAAGGACUGUACGCGCGUCUUACAGGACCUCAAGUACUUGGCCCAACAACUGCGAAACCCAAUCCACGAUCCCGACGUCAAACAAGCGCUGCUGUCGGAAGUCGGGGUGCUCCGCGACCUGCGCCCGGACGACGUGGCCCCGGCCGACGUGAUGGACGAGGGCAACGACGGCUCUGCCGCCCCCAACGGCGACCGGGACACCUCGCGGUAUCAGGGCAACCACAAGGCGCUGUACCAGAGAGCGGCAACCGCCUACCAAACGCUGGCGUCCUGGUGGCAUGCAGACUACAUACAGUUCUACAGUUCUUUUCUUUCCUAG